AUGCCACAGGUCACAAACCCCAUCCUUCCAGGCUUCAAUCCCGACCCGUCAAUCUGCCGCGUCGGCGAUGACUACUACAUUGCUACAUCCACCUUUGAGUGGUUCCCCGGUGUUCAGAUCCAUCACUCCAAAGACCUUGCCAACUGGACACUCGUCGUACGUCCAGUGAACCGCAAGAGUCAACUUGAUAUGCGCGGUGAGCCUGAUAGUUGCGGUGUCUGGGCACCUUGCCUGACGCACGAUGGAGACAAGUUCUGGCUCGUGUACACGGACGUCAAGCGCAAGGACGGUUCAUUCAAGGAUGCGCAUAAUUAUAUCAUCACUGCGCCUGCUAUUGAGGGGCCGUGGAGUGAUCCCGUGUACGCUAAUUCGUCUGGCUUUGAUCCAUCGCUGUUUCAUGAUGAUGACGGUCGCAAGUGGUUCAACAACAUGACAUGGGAUCAUCGCGCUCGGCCUCAUCUGUUCUCUGGUAUCUUUCUUCAAGAGUUUGAUCCCAAGCAGGGUAAACUCGUGGGACCGAAAAAGAACAUCUUCAAGGGCACAGAUCUGGCUUAUGUUGAGGGAUCCCAUUUGUAUAAGCGCAACGGAUGGUAUUACCUCUCUACGGCCGAGGGCGGCACAGGCUAUACCCAUGCCAUGACCCUAGCACGAUCACGCAGCAUCUGGGGUCCUUAUGAAGUCCAUCCCCAGAAACACGUCGUCACCUCAAAAGAUGCACCUAAUGCAGCGCUUCAAAGAGCUGGACACGCUGAUAUCGUGGACACGCCCGAUGGCAAGACCUACAUCGUGCAUCUAACCGGCCGCCCCGUCACUCAAAAGCGACGUUCAGUCCUGGGUCGAGAAACAGCUAUCCAAGAAGCUUACUGGGGCGAUGACGACUGGUUGUACAUCAAGAACGGCCCGGUCCCAAGUCUUCACGUUGAUCUCCCCGCUGCACGCGAUGACACAGAAUACUGGAAAGAAAAGCGAUAUACCUUCACCGACAAACUCCACAUUGACUUCCAAUGGCUUCGCACACCCGAACCCGAGCGCAUUUUCAACAUCAAGAACAACCAGCUCAGCCUCAUCGGUCGAGAGUCCGUCGGUUCAUGGUUCGAACAAGCCCUCGUCGCACGUCGUCAAACGCACUUCUCCUACGACGCCGAAACAGUGAUAACUUACUCUCCCGACGACGAGCGCCAAUUCGCCGGUCUGACAGCCUACUACUGCCGCUUCAACUUCUUCUACCUAACCGUGACCGCCACCGCCGCCGGCCAGCGCGAGCUACAGAUUCUCUCCUCCGAAGAGUCAUUCCCCAUAGGCCGCCUAGAGCGUCCCUUUGCCGAACCCGUAGAAAUCCCCAACGAGGGCAAGGUCCGACUCGCGGUUAGUGUUCGUGCGGGGAGCACGCUGCAGUUUUACUAUGCUCUUGAGGGGCAGGAGUUGAAGGAGAUUGGACCUGUUUAUGAUGCUUCGAUCUUGUCGGAUGAGUGUGGAGGACAUCCUAAAGAUGGAAGUUUUACGGGUGCGUUUGUGGGAAUGGCGUGUUCGGAUGUCAAUGGGCUUGCGAAGGAGGCGCAGUUUGAUUAUUUUGUUUAUAGACCUGUGCAUGAUGAGUUGGAUCGGUAUGAGAUUUAG